CACGUAAAUUAACACGUGGUUGCCGCUUUCGGAACCCAAGUCCAGCUCUUCCCCCGGGAAGCCAACAGGCCAGAGCCUUCCGGCACCUCUCGGGACUCUCCGCUCCCUCGCCAGCCCCAUUCGGAAAUCUUCGGCAGCCUCGACUCUACCACUCCAUCGGGAAACUCUUCGGGCGCACCCGCCAGCCCCUUUCGGAAAUCUUCGGAACCGCGGGGUCGCUUUCGGCUCUCCGGGAGGCGGGCACUCGCGGCGUCGCAGUCCAAUCAGAGGCGAGCCCGCCUGCGGCUCUCUUGCAGCCACGCGCCGCUCUCCCUGCACGAAGACGGGGUCGCCUCACUUUCUUUACGUGAUGUGCACAUUCGCUCGGGAAAUGAAUCCCCAGGCUCUGCACUGCCAAGAGCGGAGCUGAGCCCGACGGGUACGGAGAAACCCCUCGCCUAAUUCGUGGAAGCGGCGGAGGCGGACUCAGCUGCCCUUAAGGCAGCGGCAGGAGGCGGUGGCGCCGCCGGCGGAGUGAGCCUCACGUUGCUCGCCCAGUGAGGAGGCCGUGAAAACCGUUGGGAGGGCCCGUGCGCGCUUCUUCUUCUGGCCGCGUAAGGCGAAGUGGCGGGCAGGAUUGCAUCAAAGCACAGCUGUAUAAUACACUACUGAGAAUUCUGGCAGCUGUCAUCACCUUAACUAAGAAAACACAAUGACUGGAAGAGCUAGAGCUAGAGCGAGAGGAAGAGCUCGUGGCCAGCAAAUAGCUGUACCUCCUGUAGGAGCAGCUUCUGGUCAGAGGCCACCUAGCUAUGUGCAACCUAGACCUUUGCAACCUCAACCUCAACCACAACCACCAUCAGAGGGAGAAUUUGUUGGCCGUGGACGACAAAGAGGAGCUCCUAUUGUUCCACAAGGACAUGAAAUUUCAGUUGGUUUUCAGGAACUGUCAUUAGCAGAUAGGGGUGGACGUCGCAGAGAUUUCUAUGACCUUGGGGUAAAUACACGGCAAGCCAUAGAACAUGUUAAAGACUCAAAAACAGGUACUUCAGGUACCACAAUAAGAUUAAGUACGAACCAUUUUCGGUUGACAUCUCGUCCACAAUGGGCUUUAUAUCAAUACCAUAUUGACUAUAAUCCUCAGAUGGAAGCUCGGCGUCUUCGCUCAGCUUUACUUUUUCAGCAUGAAGAAUUUAUUGGGAGGACACAUGCAUUUGAUGGAACAAUGUUAUUCUUACCAAAAAAACUAGAAAAUAAGGUUACUGAAGUGUUCAGUCAGACCCGAAAUGGAGAGAAUGUCAAGAUUACGAUCACCUUGACCAAUGAACUACCACCUACUUCACCUACAUGCUUGCAGUUUUAUAACAUUAUUUUUAGAAGGCUUUUGAAAAUAAUGAACUUGCAGCAAAUUGGACGUAAUUAUUACAAUCCAAAUGACCCAAUCAGCAUUCCCAAUCACAGGUUGAUGAUUUGGCCAGGCUUCACUACUUCUAUUCUCCAGUAUGAAACAAACAUCAUGUUGUGUACGGAUGUGAGCCAUAAAGUUCUCCGCAGUGAAACUGUGUGGGAUUUUAUGUACAACCUGUAUAAACAGGUUGAAGAACAAAGAUUUAGAGAAACAUGUGCUAAGGAACUGAUAGGGCUAAUUGUUCUUACAAAGUAUAACAACAAAACAUACAGAGUUGAUGAUAUUGACUGGGAUUCCAAUCCAAAAUGCACCUUUAAGAAAGCAGACGGUUCUGAAAUCAGCUUUAUAGACUACUACAAAAUGCAAUAUAACCAAGAAAUCACUGACUUAAAUCAACCAGUUCUGGUCAGUCAGCCUAGGAGGAGGAGAGGGCCAGGAAUGCCAGGACCUGCAGUACUCAUUCCUGAACUGUGCUACCUCACAGGAUUGACUGAUAAGAUGCGUAGCGAUUUUAGUGUAAUGAAAGAUUUGGCUGUUCAUACAAGACUGACACCUGAGCAAAGACAGCAUGAAGUUGGAAGACUCAUUGACUACAUUCACAGGGAUGAUAAUGUUCAGAAGGAACUUCGUGACUGGGGUUUGAGUUUUGAUUCCAAUUUACUGUCCUUUACGGGAAGAGUUGUUCCAGCAGAAAAAAUUCAUCAAGCAGGAAAAGUGUUUGACUACAAUCCUCAAUUUGCAGACUGGUCCAAAGAAACUAGGGGAGCUCCCUUAAUUAGUGUAAAACCACUGGAUAACUGGUUAUUAAUAUACACACGGCGCAAUUAUGAUGCUGCCAAUGCCUUAGUUCAAAAUCUAUUUAAAGUCACACCAGCCAUGGGCAUCCAAAUGAACAAGGCAGUAAUGAUUGAAGUAGAUGAUAGAACAGAAGCUUAUUUGAGGGUCUUGCAACAAAAGGUUACCUCUGAGACACAGAUAGUAGUUUGCCUUCUAUCCAGUAAUCGUAAAGAUAAGUAUGAUGCUAUCAAGAAAUACUUAUGUACUGAUUGCCCAACUCCAAGUCAGUGUGUGAUAGCUCGCACUCUAAGCAAGCCACAAACUGUAAUGGCUAUAGCAACGAAAAUUGCUUUACAAAUGAACUGCAAGAUGGGUGGAGAGCUCUGGAGUGUUGAAAUCCCAUUGAAACAAGUUAUGAUUGUGGGAAUUGACUGUUAUCAUGACACUACAGCUGGGCGGCGAUCAAUUGCAGGAUUUGUUGCUAGCCUGAAUCAGGGGAUGACACGGUGGUUCUCUCGCUGUGUCUUCCAAGAUCGUGGACAAGAACUUGUGGAUGGACUCAAGGUCUGCUUGCAAGCUGCUUUAAGAUCCUGGUUCAGCUGCAAUAAUCAUAUGCCGUCUCGCAUUAUCGUGUAUCGUGAUGGUGUAGGAGAUGGUCAGCUAAAAACCUUGGUUAACUAUGAAGUACCCCAGUUUUUGGAUUGCUUGAAAUCUGUUGGUAAAGAUUACAACCCAAGACUUACAGUAAUAGUGGUGAAGAAACGAGUGAAUACUAGGUUCUUUGCACAGGCUGGUGGAAGACUUCAGAAUCCACCCCCUGGUACAGUUAUUGAUGUAGAGGUUACCCGACCAGAAUGGUAUGAUUUUUUUAUUGUGAGUCAGGCUGUGAGAAGUGGUAGUGUUUCACCAACCCACUACAAUGUAAUCUAUGACAACAGUGCAUUGAAACCAGAUCAUAUGCAACGUUUAACUUACAAGCUCUGCCACAUGUACUAUAACUGGCCAGGUGUUAUCAGAGUGCCUGCACCUUGCCAAUAUGCCCAUAAACUGGCUUUUCUUGUGGGUCAGAGCAUUCACAGAGAACCGAAUCUGUCACUCUCAGACCGUUUAUACUACCUUUGAGCUACAGAAGUGGAUACAGUGAAGUUCUUGGGACUUCUUGUGGUUCUUCCUGUGUACUUACAUAAAGUAUCACCAAGCAAAAUCAUAGUAGCUUACUUAUGUUGAUGUCUUUUGCAUUAUAAGAUCAUUGUAGUAAUUAGAACCAACUUAAAUUGUGAAAGUUCUUCCUUUCUCUUGAUGAUAAAUUUAAAUAAAGUUUUGUUUAAAAUAUUGCAUGUUUGCUCAUAUUACUUUUAUAUAUAAAUAUAGUUUAAAUCGUACAAGAAGCCAACCUUUUAGAUGCCCUCCUGGGUGAAGGCUCCGUAGCAUCUUCUAACAUUUAGUACAGCAUCUAUCUGUGCAUAUCCCCUUGUUUAAAGCACAGAUUUGUUGCUUAAAAUCUGGUGGGUUUGGAAAAUGGCCUAAAUUAAAAUGACACCUUACGCAUAAUCUACUGUAUUCAGUCAUAUCUGCUUAUUUUAGUAAUAAAACAAGUUUUUACUGCAAGCCUUUCAGUGCCUAUAUAGAUAAGUAAAUUGAUGUAUCCUAGUCCUUAUUUGCGUAUUAAUCCAAGUUGAAUUUGCAGGUCUGGGAUGGGAGUGAGGAAGAGUGUUGGAAAAAAUAUUUAGACUGAGCAAAUGCAGUUUGGUAUAUUGAGUAUACAUGAUCUGGAUAUUAUUUGAAUACCCACAAUGCCAAUUUUUAGAGUUGCUUUUGGAGUAGAAUUUUGCUUGAGAUCAGAAUUUCAUUGUGUAUAUUGCAACCAGUACUGGUGUAAUGCAAAAUUGCACUUUAUCUGUAUGCACCAUUUGGAAUUAGAAUGCUGUAUUAUCAAACUUCAUUCUUCCAGUAACUGUUAAGGUUGAGUAGAUAUAAUAAUUUAAGAGUAAAGCCAUUAUAGACAUUUUGUAAUGUUUGAGUUUUGAGAUAAGUUACAACAUCCCCAUAAUGGCUUUUACUUGUAACUCUAAGUUUAUUAUAUUUUUGGUCUGAAAACAUCCUGGCUGCUUUAUUAAAAAUUUAAUGCAUGGACACUAACAUUAUCUUUGAAACAACUUAAUCUUUAUGCUACUAGAAAUAGACCAAAACGCAAAUCAAAGUUAAAUCUUUAACUUCUGGGGCUAGAUUCAACAGUUCAUUCUGUUCUUUCCCCAUCCUAACAAACAAGAUUACAUCCAGCAAGCAGAAGUGGUCAGGGAAAUGGAGUAAAGAGCACUCCUUUUGUGGGCAACACGUAGCUAAUAAUGGGUAGAAAAGAAUGAUAUGUUCAGGAGGUGUGGUGAAAUACAGAAAAGGGUGAUGUUCCUAGUUAUACCCAUUAAAUAUUUUUUGGGGGAGGUAGGCAUUUGUCUCUCCAUAAACCUAUAAAUAUCUAUAGGUAAUUCUCCUGUACAUUUUGCAAUGGAAGUUGUUCUGAAAUUGGAAGUUGUUCUGAUGAUUGUGUUACAAAUUGUAGAUGGUCUCAGGUUGAGUGUCAGUAGAAUUACCCAUCCUUUGAACCAAAUCACAGACACUGUUAAAGAUUAACAUUUUAGUUUAGAGCUAUAUUGUCACUGCAAGAAAUCUGUCAACUAACUGAUUUUCUUUUCAAUCAAUUCAGUUUUGGACAGUGAGCUAGGAAUUACUUAAAUAGCUUGGUUUUAUCAUGUAUUUAGCACAGGGCAAAAAGCUGCUACAUGGAGUUUCCCUGUGCUUCAUCUCGUCUCAGCACAAUUAAUUAUCUCCUGCUGGUUCCCCGCUUCUCGGUGGUGGUCACUAUAGGUUCCUUUAUGGAGCUUGAGGAUCUUCUCUUCCAGAUAUCUGGAAGCAGCUAGUUAAAGAAGUUCUUUACCUGAAAAUUAUUUUCUGCAUCUGCAUUGCUGUACACUUGUCUGAAUACCUUAACCAUGUUGCGAUACAUACAGCCUGCCAUCAGCUAGUGUACCCUUUGAUGCCAUGCUUCGCUUUUUUUUAAAAGUAGGGGAAGGCUAGCACAGUGACUAUUUGAAGUAACAAAUAUACAGAACAAACAGCAUUCUACAAAAUAUCAAAUUUAUUUAUAUAAAAUAUUUUACACAUGAAUAACUGUACACAUGCACACACCCACACAAUACUUUACCACAAAUUUAGGCCAAUAGUUUUCUUUAAUUUCAUAAAUCUAGCACACAGUAGUAUCUUACAGUAAUUUACAUUAUAAUUCUUCGAAGACACAAUGGGGAAAGCUUUGAUCAUUCAUUUAUAAACCUUCCAUAAAUUACAAAAGAAAGGCAAUUUGAAAAGUAUGUAUAAACAGUAAAAACAAUUUACAAAUGGACAAGAAUUACAAAAUAGUAACUGCCAAUGUCUGCCAGCAAGAUUGUUUUAAUCAAGAAGCCAAUAUUAGAAUUAGUGUUUUGAAAGAUUUGUACUAUAGUGGUAGAGCCUUUUAACUAGCUACAGCUUGUGUGUAUAACAUACACCUCUUUCAUUGCUGCACCUAGUACACGCAUUUUUAUCUUGAUUCUGACAUCAAUAACAUGAAAAAUGAUUUUUAACUUAAAACUGCACUUCCACAAGAGAGAACACUUGGGGAGCAAAGGUUAUUGUGUUCUGGCUGUUUAGAAUACUGAAAGUUUCACACGAGUGUCAGGAGCUAUAAAACAAGAUUUUGAAUUAUUAACACUGUGUGCAUUCUCUGGAUAGUUUAGGCGCUACCUUACGUUAGUAUACUGAAUGUUUGCUAAAGGAA